CAAAACUUGUGAUUAUUUCUUUAGAUUUCAAUAAAAAUCUUAAUAGAAUGAUUAUGCUAGUGGCAAAUAGUAUAUUACAACAGUUUUAUGUUACAAGUUUCAGUAAACAUGUGUUUAAAUAAGGGCCUAAUAUAGUUUCUCUAUUUCUUUUUAUCUUUGUGUUAGAUUUAUAAAUAUGACUUCUUCGGACUUAACAUUCAUCGAAAGAUUACGAAAGGAGAAUUUGGAACAGUUUUUUACUUUAGUGCGUAUGCAUCUAUCGUUUGUUGUAGAUAUUAAUUCAGACGAUGUUGAUUGUUCAACUGAUAAACCAAAGCAGUUCCGUUGGAACUUCCAUAAGAAAGCGAAGAGUUCCAGUUCGAAUUCUAGUCAAAAUAAUGCUAACAUUACAAAGAAUAGUGUUGAAGUGAACUCUAUCACAGAGGAAGGAAUAUUGAGGGUGAAUGAGCUGAUAGAUUUUCUAUCUAAACCUGACAAUGUAACACAAGAAGGGAUAUUUCGCCGCACUGGCUCUCUAAGCCGACAACAAGAGCUUAAGAACUUGCUGCUCACUGGAUCAAACCUAGGUCUUGACGAGGGGAGGUUCUCGGUUCACGACUGUGCAUCGGUGCUGAAGGGCUUCCUUGCUGAGUUACCACAACCACUGCUGAUGGAUCAGUAUUAUCAGACUUAUUGUACUUUAGCUGCACAAUACCCACCAAAUAUAGAUUCAUCAGAGGUCAAACUCCUGACAGCGUUACAACUGCUCCUACUUCUACUAACACCAUCACACAGGAGUUUUCUCCAGAGGCUUCUUCGUUUGUUACGGCUGACGGCUGACAAUGAAGCUUCGAAUAGAAUGUCGCCUGAUACGCUGGCUACUAUGUUCACACCACAUCUACUUUGUCCAAGGAAAUUAUCACCAGAAACCUUCCACGCGGACGCCAUAGCCUUGUCUCCCGUCAUCAGCUUCAUGAUCCGUCAAUCCUCGCGUCUGUUCGAUGCGCCCACACAACUGGCUACCGACGCCGCCGCGUACUUUACUGUGAGAGAGAAACGGAAGGCUAUGUCGCCGCUUGUCGAUUUGGAUGAGAGUAUUACUGAUAAAACAGCAGCGAACACAGUAUACACGUUCGUGGACCGGCGCCGCACGCGCGCGGAGAACGCGCACAACCCCACCGACGCCGCGCUCGCGCAGCUCUACGCGCACAUACACGCGCUGCCCGACUCGCAGCACAAGCGGAGGCUCAUCAAGCACUUUAACAGGCACAAUGGAUAUGGUACGCCAAUACAAAUCCAAAGGACAGGUAAAGUGGCCGGCUCUAGAAGUUUUGGCGAUUCCAUCAAACGACACAUUUUUAAUAAGGGAUUACUCAAUAAAACGCCAAAGAAAGGUUCAGGAUCUAAUAUUAAUGUUAUAGAUGAGAAAACCGGCAAAGGAAAGCUAAAAUUUUCCGACGAUAACAAAGUUGAUGUGUCCCACAAAAAUAUAGUUCUCAAAAAUUUGGCGCAUAAAAUAGCAAGUACAGAGUCUUUAGACGAUGAUUAUGAUUCGGAUGCUAGCAAUGAAAGCACGCUAUCCGAAGGUGCUUUGAACAGAUCAAGAAAAUUGAGUCCAAAGUUCGUAUCAGAACCCAACUUGAGCGCUUUAGAUGUCAAUGAUGAGACUCCAAAGAAAAAACGGUCCAACAGACUGUUUCGCUCCAAAAUUGUCACCACGCAAACUUUGAAUAAGAAGUACCAAAAACGCAAUGGGGCUAUUAGGGGAACACCAACUUGUGUAUCGUGUUUCGAAGAUCAAGACACGGCUUCGGAAAAUGAGAUUUCGUUCCAAGAACUCAGUGGUGACAAAAGUCCUAUAGAAGAUACGCCUAAGAAGAUACAGGAUGAUGUAAAACAUUAUUUAACCAGUACUCCGGGUAUAUCUGAUGCAGUUUUGUUCGAUGAAGAAUGUGCUACACCUUAUACGAUAAAUUUUCGAAGGGCGUCUAUGUCGCCUAUUACGAAGUCGACGCAAAAGUUGUCGAAAGCAAUGCAGGAAUCAAUAAUGACACCCCGUUCCCGAAAACCGCUAAUAAUUACUUCGGAACAACGCGACGUACCAGAGACAAAUGUUGCCAAAGACGAGACGAUCAAGUCUGUUGGUCUAUACCAAUCUAUGUCGCCGAAAAACGACAGUGAUUUCGUAUCUUCGGACGACGAAAAUGACAUCACUAGAUCCACAUUUUCAUGUGAAAGAUCAAGUCGUUCGGGAAGUACGUCACUACCGAAAACAAAUCCAUUCGAUGCGCGAUCGAUAAAUUCGAUCGGUGACAGUCCUCUACGACCGGAAAGUACUCGAUUCGUCAUAAGCCAUGAACGACCGAAAUUAGACGAUUUAAACACAACACUAUGUGGAUCUGAUGAUGGCUUACCAAAGUUCACGAUAACAAACGAUGAAGAAAUCGAACAGAAAACAAAAUCGUUAUCAGAACCUUUCCGAGAAUACCUUCGAAGCAGGUCCGUGUUAACAGCAACGCCGAUCGAUUUAUCGAUUCUAAAUAAAUCGAAUGAUACCGAUGAUAAAAUCAGCGAUUCGCUUCUCUACUGCUUAGACGGCAACGUCCCUUCAGAUUUGACGUUAUCGAUUAGUAAUUUGGUAGUCGAUAAAGAAUCGAGUUUGCGGUCGCCGUUGACGAGUAUUAGUGUGAAUAUCGAUAAAAGUCCGAAAAGAAAGCGUAUUGCGGAUGUUUGUUUAGAAGAAUCUACUUCUGGUACAAAGAAGCCGAUGGUGCAAAAGGAAAAUUUCAAAGAAAAAGUGUUUGAAAUAAGAGAGACUGAACUUUAGUUUAUAUCAAUCGAAAGAAAGUGCUGCCUUUAUAGAAUACCAAAAAAAACAUUGUUGGUUGUAUAAAUAUUUUUUCGAUUUUCGAAACGUGAAGUGAAUAUUUUUUUUAUGUAAAUGUCUCAAAUUCCUCGAAUUUAAUUGAAAUAUUUCAUUUUUUUUUAUUAAGUGCCUUAGCUGUUGUGUCUUAAAAUUUCGGCCACAACCAGAAUGUCCAAGAAUUGGGUAUCGUUGCAAAUGUAUGAGAUUAUUUCUAUUUAGAUAUUAUAUAACUGAGAUCUCCGAAUUAUGAAACUAUUGUAUAGUAAUCGUAAUUUUACUUUGCCAUACAAUUUUGCACCAUAUGCCGUUCAUCUUAAAUUCAAUUUUUUAUUGUUAACAGACAUGAUUGAAAAAACAUUGUCAAAAAAUAUUUAUUUUAUUUGUCAUGACAACAUUUAAAUUGAUAAUUUAAUUAUAUUAAUGUAACUGUUUUAGUUAUGAGUACGUUUAUAAAUAUAGAAUAUUGGAGUACAAUAUAA